CCAAAUCACACUGUCGCGGUUUGAGAGACAACAGCACCUGCAGCCCCCGAGAGUUCCACCGGCGACUUCCAGGGAAAUCUCACAAGCAUGAUCCUAUCGGCUUAACCGUCAAAUUCCUUUGUCGCCCGCCAUGUCGGUCACCCGCCCACGGCUGGCGCUGUCACGAUAUCGUCCCAUUCUCUACCUGCUCUCCGGGGUCGCCGCCGCCUACGCGAUCGUCUACAUCCACAACUACAUCACCUCCUCUCCUCCGUCGACUUCCCGGACUUCCCUCCGACGCCGCAGAGCCGUCCGUCGCCGGCGACGGAGAAGCGAAGCCAGCAACGCCAGUGACCAUCCCGUUGACGACACCCCAUCGACGCGAGCUAUCGCGCACCUGGAACAACUGGAGCGCCAGAAUGGAGUCUACGGAACAUUUCGCAUCGAGACAGAGGAUGGAAGGCGCGUGGAAAGUGGCCUCCUCCCGUCUCUUCUCGCAACCCGGGACCAGCUCAUGGAGGAAGUGGGGGUUCCCCAAGCUCAUGCGGAGCGGAUGCGCGAGAUGAUGGAAGACACAUUUCUGGAAUCUUUCUUGGCACUGGACUUUCCGCCCACACAUUUCAUACAAGAAGGCUGUCCGGAAUGGGAAUACUUGAUGGUAGAGCUCCAGCGGCGGGGGAUCUCGCAGGCCGGAAUCGAGAGAGCCUUGAUGCGAUUCAAUGCAGACAAUAACUACGGAGAGGAGUUACGGCGGCGGAGACAAAAUGGCGAGAGGGUCACUUUGUCGACGUCGACCUUCCCUGAAGAGUCGCCGCCGGCGCCGAAUAUGGAUGGUGGAGAGACGGUGGUGGAUGAUCAGAGUGUGUUCUCGUGGAGGGAUGGAAAUAACGAUGCCUCGCCGACGAGAGAAGGACAGAAUCUGCUCAACUUGUUGUACCAUAUCGCUGAGGACCAGGCCAGACGUGAUGGGUAUAUUCAUCGCGGUGUGACGUGCAAUAGCUGCGGAGCCAUGCCCAUUCAGGGUAUUCGGUACAGAUGCGCGAACUGCAUCGACUACGAUCUGUGUGAAACCUGCGAAGCGAUGGGAGUGCACAUCAAGACACACCUGUUCUACAAGGUCCGGAUACCCGCCCCAUUCCUGGGCAAUCCCCGACAGUCUCAGCCGGUCUGGUACCCUGGGAAGCCUACCAUGCUGCCGCGCAGCUUAUCUCGGUCUUUGGCCAAGCGCCUCAUGAAGGAGACGAGCUUCGAAAAUACCGAGUUGGAUGCGCUUUGGGACCAGUUCCGCUGCUUGGCCAACCAUGAGUGGGAAGAAGAUCCGAACAAGCUCUACAUGGCCAUCGAUAGAAAGACGUUUGACCGGUGUUUCGUGCCGAACACAUCCAUCCGCCCACCGCCGCCUAGCCUGAUCUACGACCGCAUGUUUGCCUUCUAUGAUACCAACGGCGAUGGUCUGAUUGGAUUCGAGGAGUUCUUGAAAGGAAUUGCCAGUCUCAACAAUAAGAGCAACGACGAGCGGCUACGGCGCGUUUUCCGUGGCUAUGACAUCGAUGGUGACGGCUACAUCGAGCGGAAGGACUUCCUACGGGUUUUCCGGGCCUACUAUGCGCUCAGUAGAGAGCUGACUCGGGACAUGGUGGCAGGUAUGGAGGACGACUUUCUCGAAGGCGGUGCUCGGGAUGUUGUUCUGGGCAGUCAGCCGAUCAGCUCGGCCUUUCCUGGCAGUAUUCCCUCCGGGGAAGUCUCGAGGACCGGGGAGGGUAAGCGUAUGAAUCAGGACGGCGACAUGGAGCUCGUGGAUAACGAAGGGAUCGUGCGAGCAGACCGCGCGGACACUGCAGACCGACACUCGGUUGUGGGAGACGCUGCGGUGCGAAGCCAAUACGGCAGCGUGCGGCCCAUGUUCCCAACUGCGGCUCGCCUGGCGACUCCGUCCGGAUCUGGCGUGGCUCAUACUUCAGGAAGCAACACUAGAAGAGAAGUCAACGGUGACGAUGGCAGUAAUAUCCCUGACGAUGUCUCCAACUCUUCCGGUGCCAGCGACAGGUGGCCUCCGCCGGAGCAUGUUCGAGACUACGAUAUUGUGAACGCGCUUGGAUAUCAUGUGCCUUUGAACGAUAUCACUGAUCCAGUCGAUCGAGCCCGUGUUGGUACCGCGGUCUACAACAGAAUGUGCGCUCAGGACCGACUUCGGGUUAACAUGGCUCGCAGCACGGGCAUCCACAACCGCUGGCAGCGCAGACGUUUCUAUACUGAUGAGGAAGACGGCGCAACUGUUCCACCCGGUUAUCGCAGCGACAUGGACGUCGAUGGCCUGAGCGAGGAUGAGGACGAAGAUGAUGUCGACGAGCCCCAGCCCGAGUCUCACCCUCCAUCUCCCCGAUCUCGCUCCUCCUCCAAAGUACGGUUUCAAGACGAUCUCACCGAUGACUACGACGUGCGUUCCAACCCGUCAACCUCAUCCCGCAGCAUCCUGGUGGGUGAGCGGUGGGGCGGGUUCGAGAUUCCAGAAGUCGAAAGAGACGUCGGCAAAGAGAUCCUGUAUCAGGUCACCCAGCAAGGGUUCAACGAGCUGCUCGACCUCCUAUUCAAGCCGAAAGAGGACCUUCUUAUGGAGGCCUUCCGGACCCGGGCCGAGCGCAAGAUGUGGGCGCGCGAAAUCGAACAAGUCGAGCAGGCGGAAUCCGGUACACAACUCGCACCGGAGCAAACCAACAACGAGCCGGACGAGCAUCCAGAGUCGUCGAUGGUCAAUCCAUUCCGUGACCAUUCCCUGGACGAACUGCUCAGCCGGGCAGGCUACUCCGUCCGCAGUCCACCCCUCGAGCCCGUCCAGGACGGCCCAGUUCUUCCCCCACCCACCCCAGACCUAGGUGUACCCAACGACGACGUUGUUUAUCUCGGCGUUCCUGAAGUCGAAGAAGAAGGCGACGACGAAGAAGAGGCCAUGAACCCGCGAUCCAGCCACGACUUCCUCCGCACCCUAGGAACAGAACACACACCCAUGUCCCCCUCCUCACACGCGUCCACCUUCGAAGAAGACGACGACGAAUUAGUCGACGACGAAGAAUCAUCCCGACCCCCAUCCACCGCAUCCUACUACGAUCCCACCCUCCCACACCACCGACCCAACGAACCCGACGAGACCUACCACAACCACCACGACGACUCCGACCUCAUCCUCUCCAGCAGCACCAACAGUUCCGCCUUCCACCCCCAACAGAGCCAUGACCUCCCCGCCGAACUCCGUCUCGAACCCACCGCUACAACCUCCUUCCCAGCCCCCACCUCCCCCUCCAUCUCCUCCCCGGAAGCCGAAGCCACAGCUCCCAAACUCUCCCCCUCUCCUAUUCACCCCCUACCCCUCUCAUCGUCAUCCUCAGCCCCUCCUCUCCCUAGACAAGCCAGUCCGCCACGGCCCCCAUCCAAGGCUCGCAUCGCCCAUCUCGCUUACCUAGAGAAGGUCGAGCGCGAAGCCAAGGAACGCGGCGGCAGUGGCGCAAAGCUUAAUUUCUCGGAGUUUGCGCAGCGGAUGGCGAUGGAUCGGGGUCGUGCGUUGGCGUUUGUCGCGAGUUGGAUUGAGAUGGCUAGUUUUUAGGUGUUGAGUUUUUUUUGUGGAUGAGAGUAGUAAUGGGUGGGUUUGUAUAUUAGGUUCAUAUUGUGAGAGAGAGCAUGAUAGUA